AUAACAUGGCUCGUAAUGGAUGGUGCUCACAAAAAGCUAGUUUGUUUUGGUUUCUUACAGCAUGCAUCGCGCUAUGUGGACUACCGGAAUGUGCUUUUUCAAAAUUCAUGCAUUCGAAUCGGUUCAUCCCUAUGGCUCAUCGAGCGAAACAUAAUGCAAAUGCUACAUUGUCUAGUAGCCAAACAGUUACAAUUCAUUUAGAAGGUGUUGACCUCCACACUAAUUCAUUAUUAGCAAUCACUAGAGAAGAAGGAAAGUUUGGAAGUCCAUGCAAUGAGUCGUAUUUUGUUAUGAAAGAUAUUCCUGUUCUGAGCGCUGACGGAUCCUCCGGAGACAUCGAAGUGAAUGAAGCACUCCACGCGGAACUGAGACUCACCUCAUGGCAUCUCUGCCUUCGUCAACAAACUCCGAAAAACGGCCAGUGGACACACAUAGGAAAAUAUGAAAGAUAUCCAUUAUCUUAUGAAAGACGAAGUGAUAGUAGCAAACCUUCUUCUUUCUCUGCUGAGCGAAAGAUAACUACCUCAAAUGCCUUCAAGUUAUACAAUGAAACAAGAAUUUUUGGUCUCCGAGCUGAAGGUGAUCGAGUUUAUAUUACAGAAGAAGGUGUUACAAAAGUACCUGCAAGUGUUAACUUCACCCUUCGAAUAUUUGGAAUUCAUUUUUCCAAUCGAACCCAGUUGGCUUUUACGGGGAGUAAAUCAGUUUGUGAGAAAGUUACUAAAAUCGUUCAAGUAACGAAUAGAAAUGUAUUAUCUGACACUGUUUUAGAAAUAAUAGUUUCUCUACCUCUAGUCGAAGAGAUUGAAAGCUAUUAUAUAUGUGUCAAAAGAGAAAGAGAAAACUCGGAAGCUGGAAUAUGGGAACAUCAAGGAGACACUGCGUGGUUAAAGAUGGAGCCAGUUGGACGUAUACUUCCUAUGUGGCUUCAGAUCGUUAUAAUUUGCACGCUUUUAAUUUUGUCUGGAUUAUUCAGUGGACUUAAUCUUGGACUUAUGGCCUUAGAUCGAACCGAACUUCAAGUAAUUGAAAAUUGUGGUACUGAAACUGAGAAAAAAUAUGCGCGUGUAAUUUCUCCUUUGAGAAAACGCGGCAAUUAUCUUUUGUGUUCUUUGCUCUUGGGUAACGUGUUAGUAAACAGCACGUUGACAAUCCUUUUGGACGAUCUGACCUCUGGUAUAAUCGCUAUUGUUGGAUCCACCAUCAGCAUUGUAGUCUUUGGUGAAAUUAUUCCUCAAGCUAUUUGCUCUCGCCAUGGGUUGGCUAUUGGAGCGAAGACAGUCUAUGUCACGAAGUUAUUUAUGCUCGCUACAUUUCCCUUGUCAUAUCCCAUCAGCAAAAUCUUAGAUUGCGUUCUUGGCGAGGAGAUAGGAAAUGUGUAUGAUCGAGAACGGCUUAUGGAAUUCAUUCGAGUCACCAAAGAUUACAACAAACUUGAAAAUGAAGAAGUGAACAUAAUAUCUGGCGCAUUAGAAUUAAAAAAGAAAACAGUUGCGGAUGUAAUGACGCAGAUAGAUGACGUCUUUAUGAUUCCUUACGAUGCAGUUCUAGAUUUUGAAACCAUGUCUGAAAUUAUGAAACAAGGAUAUUCUCGAAUCCCUGUUUACGACGGUGAUCGUAAUAAUGUAGUUGCUUUGCUCAAUAUUAAAGAUUUAGCUUUUGUAGAUCCAGAAGAUAAUUCUCCAUUAAAGACAGUUUGUGAAUUUUAUAACCAUCCUAUUAAUUACGUGUUUGAAGAUGAAACCUUAGAUGUUAUGCUCAACGAAUUCAAAAAAGGUCGCUCGCAUAUGGCUUUCGUUAGACAUGUGAAUAAUGAAGGAGAUGGAGAUCCAUUCUAUGAAAUAAUUGGUGUUGUCACUUUAGAAGAUGUUAUUGAAGAAAUAUUACAAUCCGAAAUAAUCGAUGAAACUGAUGUUUUAACUGACAAUCGUAAGAAGCAAAGAAGGAAAGAAGCUCAAAUCAAGCAAGAUUUUUCAGAUUUUGCAAAACUAGGCAGUGGUCAACAAGGGACAAAUAUAAUAUCACCUCAGCUUGCUUUAGCUACAUAUCAGUUCCUUUCAACAUCUGUGGAGCCUUUCCGCAACAUUUACCUGUCUGAAACCGUUUUAAAACGUCUCAUGACUCAAAACAUAUUUUUUAAAACGAAGCAAAAUAAAGAUGGUUAUAAUGCACCUUGUAGCACUCUGUAUCAAGCUGGAAAACCAGCCGAUUACUUUAUCCUGAUUUUGGAAGGUCGUUGUCGUGUAACUGUUUGUAAGGAAAACCUUGUUUUUGAAACUGGACCUUUCAGCUAUUUUGGAAUACCAGCAAUCACAGUUAAUACAACUUCAGGUGACACAUCUUCUCAAAGUCAUAUGCAAAGUCUUAGCAGCAUAUCUAUUAGUCCUGAAAAUCCAGUAUCAAAAACAUUCAUUCCAGAUUACACUGUUGUAACCAUUUCGGAAACACUUUACAUGAAGAUUCAUUGGGCUGUAUAUCUUGCAGCUUAUCGAGCAACUCUAAUGGAACGUCAUCAUAAACUAGACCCAGAUAGUGAAGAAAUAUUUAAUAACAACUGGGAGCAGGAUCUCCAGUUUUCGUCAUCUGGUUCCUUGAAUCAUAUGCAGCCAGAUGCUAUUGCAAUAACUACAACUUCCUCUCAAAGCAACGCUAAAAGAAGUGGACAUAGCCCUAUUAUGAAUAGAGCUCCGAAUGCUAAUGAUCCCAAAAGACGUGCAAGUGUUGAAGUUGGAUGCAUCAACCGUUGCCCUGAUGUAAUCGUUGCAGAUGGAAUUUUAAAAAAUCAAAUAAGUAGGGAGUCGUUAGUCAAAACUGGCCUUCAUUCUAAUGUUUCUGAAAUACCUAUGAUUGAUUUGCCCCAUAACUUGAACAGUGUUGCAGAGGAUGAAAACUGUGAUUCUGUUGAAGUAGUUGUUAGUAAAAAAUUAAAAGAUGGCAUCGCUGGCAAAAAGAAAAAUUCUGUCAACGGAACAGCUGAGCAAACGAAUGAAAGAACCAGGCUAUUGUAUCCAUCUGAAGCUUAAAAUUAAUGUUCCAGUUCACAUGUUAAAAAUAUAUUUAAGUACUAUUUUGGCAAAAUAUGCAUUACCCGAUAAGGAAAAUUUUAGGAAUUUAUAAAAAUCCUUUACCUUAAAGUUUCUAAUGUUAUCAUCUAGUUUAAGUAUGCUGAAACUGUGAAAACAUUUUUCAAAUUAUUUUUGAUUAUGAUAUGUCGUUAUGUAAAUCAUACUUUUAUGAAAGUCGAUAGGCAUUGCGCUAGAUUAAUAGCAUUAAUUUUAAAACUUUAUUGAAUAAGGUGCUGAUAAAUUUCUUGUUGAAGCUUUUAUUUAUUAUUGUUAUGCUGUAAUAUUAUUUUGUUAUUGUUAUUAUGCUAAUGCUUGCAUUUAUUCUACAAAUUUACAUUUUAAGAAUUUAAUCUUUUGUGUAUUAAAAUUAUUUUUCUCUUCUUAAAAUAACAUGGGUAGCAUGAAAAUAGUCUUUGUUAUGUAUAAAAACAACGAAGAUAAUUCUUUAUUAUUUCUGUCAUACUUGAAAACACUUUUAACCUUAUAUAGUUAUAGGUAAAUUUUGAGAAUGCUAAAUUAUUUUUUUCAAUAGAUCAUAAAGACUUUUUAAAAAUACUCUUUUGUUUUACGCUUUAAUAUUUUUUAAAAAGUUAUCUACGAAAUGACUGAAUUAUAAAAUUAAAUAGAUAAAGUAGAAGCUGAAAAAAUUAAUGUACAAAAAAUAAGAGGAGGAAAUUUUACUGGAAAGAGCUAAUGAUUUUUUAACAAUAUUUAUGUUCAAAACGCUUUCAAUUUUUACCUAAUUUUGUAUUAAUUGCUUUGAAUAAAAAACGAAUCAUCGUAAUUAUUUUUUAUGCUAUUUUUAAAGAAUGGCGAUCAAUACUAAUUUUGAGGAAAAGUUCGAAUAAAUUUCUUUAUUAAUUGUGAAAUGUCCAUAUGCUUUAAAUCGAAAUUUGAGUAGCUCCUAAUUAGUUUUGAUAUCAAUAUGCUCUCAUAUAACAGAAAUCUUAACUUUUUGUAGUUUAAGAGGCAGUGCAUUAGUCUCAUAAUUACUCUUGAUUGGUCAAAAAGAGAAAGGCAUAUUUUUUCUACAAGAAAGUUGGAUUUUAAAAUUAGUUUGAGGAACUAGUUUUUAGAAUUAAUAAAUUAUCAAGAAAUUCAGUAUAUUUUCGAAUUAAUAGCGUGUUAAAUUAUAUUAACAUAGAAGAUAUGUGAAUGCUUUUUUUUCUGAAUUCCCCGUCUUUUAAAAUGUUUGUGAAAGAUGUAUUAUCCGGUUAUGUUUAGGGGGGGGGGUCUAUAAGAAUGUGAUUUUUGUCCUUGUCUACAAAAAAUAUUGUAAUUUAUUAUUUCGCAUUAAUGUACUUUAUACCCUCUUGGUAAGCUUUUAAUAUCUGAUAUAUUUUACAAAUAAUGAAUCAAAAUCUUAGUGUUUUUAUAUCUUCUCAUUUACCACUAUAUAAUAAUAGCAUGUUCUUCAUAGUCAUGCAUAGCAUUUAUGGCGGAAUGUUCUCAAUGUGGAAUGUACUGUAGAGAGAAGUACGUUUUUAUUUGAGUUAUAAAGUCUGUGACUAUGCUACAUAACAGGAUUAGUUUUACUAAACAACUAUUUUAAAUGUGAAUGACUAAAUAAUAGAAAUUAUUUUAUGAAAUUUAUUGUGCAAGAUUCAGGUUGUUCAGUUUGAACUGUAUCAAAUUGUACUUAUCUCAAUCUAGGUCACUAAUAUUACAAAUAUAGAAGGAAAUAGAUUACUUGUAAAAAUGCAAAGUAGUCCUCUCAUAAACAAAAUAUACUUAGGUGCCUUCACUUUAUGUGUCAAUUAUAAAUCAUGUUGGAUACAGAAAGAACUGUCUCAUGAAAAUGUAAUUUGUAGGAAGUGCAUUUCAUAUUGGAAACAUUUUAGUUUAUAGAGCUUUUUAUCAUACGUUAUAUUUAGAAAUUCACCAAUUUGAAACAUGUCAAAUCAAAACUUCCAUUUUACAUAGUAAUUUCAGGCAUCAUUAUGUAAAUAAGUGUAUCAUAACAUUUCUGUAAAAAUAAAAUAUAUAUUUGUGUGAAUUUAGAAUUUGAAAGAGGUUAUUAAAAAUAAUUCUCUUUGUCAAUGGGUUUUAGUACCUGUACUGUGAUAUAUUAGUAUUUCAUUGCGUGUGUCAUUAUGCAAAUUAUUUUUCAUAUCUCUGUAUGUAUAAUUUAAGGAUGUGUUGUAUUUGAAUUUUACUUUUUCAUUGUAUAAUGUUCUUAUGUCAUUGUACUUAGUGGUAUUUCUUUCGAAGGUGAUUAAGAAAUAGUUGCAUUUAAAAUACAUUUUUUGUGUAUGUAGUACUUUUACUUUAGAUAAUGUAUGAUGCUAUUUAUAUUUUUUACUGUUAAUGUUUCUAUGAUUAAUUUUUAAGAAAAUGGCAAAAUUUUAUAAUUAGCUUAAAGCAUAGUUCUUUAAAUUUGAAAAGGUAGAUAUAAAAUAGUUUAGUUUCAAUUCUUUUUUAUAUAAGUUUAUUUGUAUGUAUAAUUCUUUGCUUAUUAAUUAUAUUAUGAAUAGUAUGUAAUAUUGUUAUUAUAGCAAAAUAUUUUAGAGGGAAAAUUAUGGUGCCAAAAAUUUUUAUUCUAGGAUUUGAUAUAGUACAUUAUAAUGCAGUCGUGUUACAUGAUAUUUUGUUGUUAUUGCUUUAAGUCUGAUUUUAAAAUUUGUUUUUUUACAUAUGAAAGCAUUUAUACUAACAUAUAUUGCGGAUCUUUAUAACGCUGAUUAAAAGUGUUGAGGAUUUUUCUUCUUCCUUUGCUUGUCUAAUUUUUCCUUAUGGUCAUUCAUGGAUUGAGAAUUUUUUUCAUUUUUUAAUCUUAUAUUCUCAAGUAAUUUGUCAUCUCUUUCUAUCUUAAAAAUACAUUGAAUUAAUUCUGUGAAAUUUUAAAUAGGUAAUAUUAUGGACUCUAAUAUUGAUAUUACAUUAAGGAUGUUACAUAAUAAAGUUUAUUUUGAAUUAAACCUUGUAAUGUUAAAAUGAUAUCACUGCUUUCAUUUUUAUUAGUAUCUUUGGAACCGAUUUUCUGGUGUGAUUACCGAAUCCCCCCUUGUAUUCUUGUAAAGGAAGGUUCCGAAAAAUUUAACUGAAAUAGAGAAAUGAUAAAAGUAAAUUAUUUUAUUUCUUUGUCAUCAGGUUAUUGUUCUAAAAAAAGUUGCAGAAAAAUGCCUAUGAAGUUGUAUGCAGUUUUAUGCAUUUUUAAAAUGUAUAUGCAGUUUUAAAUUUUCCGAACUGCUGUACUUUGACAACAUAUUUAGAUAAAUAAAUUCGUUUAAAAAAAUGCAUAGAAAAUCUUAAAGGAAUUUUUCACAAAAUAAUAAUAGUCAUAUGAUAUAGAUUCUUCUUCCCAUUUACGUUCUUGCUAUUCUUUUGCAUGUACUGAUAUGAGAUAGUUUCUAAAUACUACAAUUUCUAUUUUUGAAUUUAAAUUUAGCAAUAAAUUUUUGUUAAUUAUAAAUUAUUCUCUUUCUAAUAUUCUAAAAAAAUUAUUAGUAGUUUUUAAGAUGAUAGCACAACUUAAAUUUUCUGCUACCAUCAUGUUGAAUGUCCACCUAAUGAGUGGCGAAGAAUGUCUCAAUUUAGGUUAGAAAAUUUGAAUUAGAAGACAUACUAUAGAAAUAUUUUUCAAGAAAUAAAUCGGAUCAGAUCAUAUAUAAAAUGUAUUCAUCUCUUUAGCACUUAGAGGGGAAAGUGAUGUGAUAAUGUAGUGUUGUAAGAAAUAACUUUUAAAGAAUUGUGUGAUAUUUAUGCACAGUUUAAAAACUAUUUCAUACAUUGUGGGACCUGAGAUAAAUCUUUUCUGAAGAAGAUAGCUUUUUGGCAAUUCUUUUAAUUAGUUUGUUGCAAGAAAUAAUUUUAAGCUAUUUGCAUUUUUUUUUUUAUUACCGCAGUGUAAUCACUAUUUUUUAGAUUGAGUUUUAAAGUAGCCCUUUAGAUUUAAUCUCCCCUUUGAUGUGUUUUGGUAUAUUUUUAAAUUAUGUUUUGUAUUAAUGCAACUGUUAAUUAUAAAUCCUUAAACAACAUUUUUCUAAACUUUAAAUUGCAUAAGAAUAGUAUUUUUUUUUUAUUGUACGUAAUUUCGAAAUGCAAUCGAGUAGUGCUUUAAGUAUUAAUUUUUUUAUUCCUAAUAUCUUCACUAUUUACAAUCUAAUGAAAUAUACAAGUUAUAUUUUCUCAGUAAAAUGUACUAACCACAUAACAUAUGUAUAAUUCCUAUGAUAUAUAGACUAAAAAUUUAGUGUUGUAAAAAGUAAGAAAAAAAACUGAUUCUUGUAUCCUUCCUCAAUUCAUAUUAUUCUUAAUUAAUAUAUUUUCCUAUAUUUUUAAGAUGAAUUCUUAAUUCAGUUACUAUUCUUCCUUUAUGUUUUUCAUAUGUUAUUUUUUAUUUGAUAUUUGUAAUAGGAAUAUGUUUUAUUGGUGUGGUAUUGAGGGUGUGUAUUUUCCCCUGGUAUUUUGUGUUUAAUUCAUCUUUUGUUGUAUUCAUUAGUCAUUGUUGUAUUUUUUCAUUUUUAUGGAUAAAGAUUUUUUGUGAUUCAUUUCAAGUAUUCCUCCUUUCAGUCGGAAAAACAUAAAAGUUAUUGUAUAUAUAAAGUUUUGAAUAUUUGUAUCACCUUCAUUUAUUUCAUUUGUAUUUCGUUUCUCUUAUAUUUUAUUUCUUAUCAUAUUAUUUGUUUAUUUAUUAGUUGUGGUUAAAUAUCUGAUAUGCAUCCUAAAGCUUUGCAUAAGAUUAAAGCUGAAGAAUGUUUGCCGUUUAUUGUACCUCUAUUUCUGUCAUGUAAGUUUUUAAGAGGUUUUUGAAAAGUGCCAUUAUUAGCAAUCAUAUAAAUGAUCAUUUUCAAACAAUUUUCACUGAGUGAUAAUUGAAAUGAGCUAGCUGUUCAUAGUUCAGCUUGGAUAACUUGAUUGCCUCUUCUUAAGUGAUGGUUAUCUACAUAUUGUGUAGUUCAUGGUAAGAUCGUAAGGUAGAGUGGAUCAAUAAAUUUCAAGAACGUGUAGCGAGUAAAGAAGAUAGCGAGAUAAGAAGUUCACUUUAUUUUCUUAAGAAUAAUUUGUAUUUUGAAAUGCGAGAUCUAAGUAGUUGGGUAACUUGUGUUUUUAUUUUUGCUAUUUCUGAAAACAUUUAUUUUGUUAACGGUUUUAUCAGUAAUGAAUGUAAAUUAUUUAUUAUUGAAUAAAAGGUACUGAUAAAUA